UAAAAAUAAAAAGAAAAAUAUUAAAGAGAGAAAUGUAAAAACAGAAACGGAUCUCCAUGGCCAAAAUCACGAAUCCAUAGGGACUCUCUCUUCUUGUUCUCGACAUACUUACCAACUAAAUUCAAUUAACUGAAAAGAGUAAAAAAAAACGAAGAAGAAAAAUAGUCUUCAUAAUUAAGCGUCAGAUUUUUAUUUAUCAAUUAGAUCUCCCUCUAGCCAUUUAGCAAAUUCUUUUUGUAAAAUUGGAGCUCCCUUCCUAGAUUCUCCUCCAGCUCUCUGCAAUGGUGGUCUGCAAAUGCCGUAAGGCUACAAAGUUAUAUUGUUUCGUGCACAAGGUUCCCGUUUGCGGGGAUUGUAUCUGCUUCCCAGAGCAUCAAAUUUGUGUGGUUCGUACAUACUCUGAAUGGGUAAUAGAUGGAGAGUAUGAUUGGCCUCCGAAAUGUUGCUCAUGCCAAGCUGUGCUUCAAGAGGGGGAUGGUCCUCAAACCACUCGAUUGGGUUGCUUGCAUGCUAUACACACAAAUUGUUUGGUUUCACAUAUCAAAAGCUUCCCUCCGCAUACUGCACCAGCUGGAUAUGUGUGUCCUUCAUGUUCAACACCAAUAUGGCCUCCUAAAAGUGUGAAAGACUCUGGAUCUCGUCUUCAUUCAAAGCUGAAAGAAGCUAUAAUGCAGACAGGUUUGGAAAAGAACUUGUUUGGAAACCAUCCAAUUUCAUUGCCGGCACCACCUCCUGCAUUCACCUCAGAUCCUUUGGUUGCCAUUUCUUCGUCACCCUCAGUGACAAGUGAAACUGGAACAGGGCCUUCUAAAAUUUCUGUGUCGGAUAUUAAGGAGAUUGAGAGCCCCAGUUCUGUGGUGAAUUACAUGAAAAACUCAAGUACUGGCAUUCCUGUUGCUACAACACGAAAGGUUGGCGUACAAGUUGAGCGGCAAAAUUCUGAACUUUCAUACUUUGCAGAUGAUGAAGAUGGGAACCAUAAAAAGUACAGUCGAAGGGGUCCAUUUCGUCACAAGUUCCUCAGAGCUUUGCUUCCUUUCUGGUCUAGUGCAUUACCAACUUUACCAGUUACUGCACCUCCACGUAAAGAUGCACUAAAUGCAGAUGAUGCUUCAGAAGGUCGUACAAGGAAUCAAAAACAUUCAAGGAUGGAUCCAAGAAAAAUCCUCCUCAUGAUAGCAAUCAUGGCUUGUAUGGCAACUAUGGGCAUACUGUAUUACAGAAUUGCACAACGGGGUUUUGGAGAGGAGCAGCCAGGUGAUGAGAAGCAGUGAUGCAUGUAAGGUUAUGAUGGAACAGGAUAAUGAUACAUUGUACCCUUGGAUGCAUGCCGGCUGGUCAGUGGUGCUUUUGCCGCUUCCCAUUUUGUAUGGCUGCACUGAUGCAUGCACCUGUUACUUGUGUUUGAGUGAAUGUAAAAAGAUCUUUCUCUGGGUUAUUCAUAGUCGAGUUGGAGAAUCAGGUUAAAGGAUAGAUGUUUUCGUUUAAAUUGGCCUGUUUUUUGUAAUUCUCUAAUGUUUAGUUAAUAAGACUUGGAGAAAUACCAGUUGAAAGGUUCAUGA